AUGGCUCCAAGUAUUAUUGGUGCCCCGGAACCCGCCGUCCCCCCGCAGAACGCUCGUUCCCUCGACAGUGUCACGGAGGGGUACGACGAUACUUUACGGUUCUACCUUAAUGGGACGAAAGUCGUGCUCGAGGAUGCGGAUCCCGAAGUCACCCUGCUGGAGUAUCUUCGGGGCAUUGGCCUGACAGGCACGAAGUUGGGGUGUGCAGAGGGAGGCUGUGGCGCAUGUACUGUUGUGAGCCAGUAUAAUCCGACGACAAAGAAGAUUUACCAUGCGAGUGUGAAUGCGUGCCUGGCGCCGCUUGUCAGUGUCGACGGAAAGCAUGUCAUUACAGUUGAGGGGAUCGGAAAUGUAAAGAAGCCGCAUCCGGCACAGGAGAGGAUAGCAAAGGGAAAUGGUAGUCAGUGUGGGUUCUGUACGCCCGGUAUAGUCAUGAGUUUGUACGCCUUACUCCGAAACCACGAACGUCCCAGCGAACAUGACGUCGAAGAAGCCUUCGACGGAAACCUAUGUCGCUGCACCGGAUAUAGACCUAUUCUGGACGCAGCGCAAAGUUUCAGCGUUCCAACAGGUUGCGGGAAAGCCACGGCGAAUGGUGGGACGGGUUGCUGUAUGGAAAAUGGAGGGAAAGCAGGCGGCUGUUGCAAAGACGGCUUGGACGACUCGCAGCCGAUAAAACGGUUUACGCCUCCUGGGUUCAUCGAGUAUCACCCGGAUACCGAACUCAUCUUCCCGUCGCAGCUGAGGAAGCAUUUGUUCAGGCCGCUGGCCUUCGGGAAUAAGCGGAAAAAGUGGUACAGGCCCACUACCCUUCAGCAAUUGCUGGAGAUCAAGAGCGCAUAUCCUUCGGCAAAGAUUAUCGGAGGUAGCACGGAGACGCAGAUCGAGACCAAGUUCAAAGGCAUGAACUAUAGCGCCAGUGUUUUUGUUGGCGACAUCGCCGAGCUCAGACAGUUCACUUUUCAAGACGAACAUCUGGAGAUAGGCGGAAACGUCGUCUUGACGGAUCUUGAGUCUAUAUGCAAAGACGCUAUCAAACACUACGGUAAGGUUCGCGGGCAGGCUUUUGCCGCCAUCCUGAAACAACUUCGGUACUUCGCUGGGAGACAGAUCCGGAAUGUGGGAACACCAGCAGGUAAUCUGGCUACUGCCUCGCCCAUCUCGGAUCUCAAUCCUGUCUUUAUGGCUAGCAAUGCCACACUUGUUGCGAAGAGCUUGGAGAAGACGACAGAAUUACGCAUUGCGGAUUUCUUCAAAGGAUAUAGGCAGACUGAGCUACCUCCUGACGCCGUCAUCGCGAGCAUUCGAAUACCGGUGACCAAAGAGAAGGGGGAAUACAUACGAGCUUACAAGCAAGCAAAGAGAAAGGACGAUGAUAUCGCUAUUGUAAAUGCCGCUUUGCGCGUGGUGCUCAACGAUUCUCACCUUGUCGAGCGCGUCGAUCUCGUCUACGGUGGCAUGGCGCCCACGACGAUUGCCGCCAAGAAAGCCAUGGGGUACCUGACAGGAAAGAAGUUCACCGAGCUGCAAACGCUAGAAGGUGUCAUGGGUGCCCUGGAAGAGGACUUCGACCUCCGAUUUGGCGUCCCUGGUGGCAUGGCAACGUACAGGAAGUCGUUGGCGCUCAGCUUCUUCUACAAGUUCUAUCAUGAAGUUCUCGCGGAGCUGCACGCAGACGAGGUGGAAGUUGACACGCAGGCCAUUGGAGAAAUUGAAAGAGAUAUCUCCUCGGGAAAGAAGGACCAUCAGGCUGCCGAGGCAUACACCCAAAACGUUCUUGGAAAAGAACUGCCGCAUGUUGCUGCUUUAAAGCAGUCUACGGGAGAAGCACAGUACACAGACGAUAUUCCUCCUCAGCGGAAUGAAUUGUACGGCUGUUUGGUUCUGUCCACAAAAGCGCAUGCGAAAUUGGUCAAGGUUGACCCCGAGCCCGCACUUGAACUUCCCGGUGUGCAUGCUUGGGUUGACCACCGGGAUCUUCCGUCUCCAGAGGCCAACUGGUGGGGUGCGCCUAAGUGCGACGAGGUCUUCUUUGCAGUCGACGAAGUCUUCACUGCUGGCCAACCCAUUGGUAUGCUCCUUGCCGAUUCUGCUAAGCGCGCUGAACAGGCCGCUCGAGCGGUGUUGGUUGAAUACGAAGAUCUACCUGCCAUCUUCACUAUCGAGGAGGCUAUUGAAAAAGAAAGCUUCUUCGAUCACUAUCGGUACAUCAAAAAGGGCGAUACGGAGAAGGCAUUUGCCACAGCUGAUCAUGUCUUUACGGGCACGGCACGCAUGGGCGGGCAGGAGCACUUCUAUCUGGAGACCAACGCUUGUGUUGCUGUGCCCAAGCCUGAGGACGGCGAGAUGGAGAUCUUCAGCAGCACCCAAAACCCGUCGGAAACGCAGGCUUACGUAGCAAAGGUCGUCGGCGUCGCUGCCAACAAGAUCGUUACCCGUGUCAAGCGCAUGGGUGGCGGUUUCGGUGGCAAAGAGACGAGGUCCAUCCAGCUGGCGGGUAUCGUGGCCUGCGCAGCGAACAAGGUCCGCCGACCUGUAAGGUGUAUGUUGAACCGAGAUGAGGACAUCAUGACUUCGGGACAACGGCACCCAUUCCUUGCGCACUGGAAGGUUGCUGUCAACAAGGACGGGAAAUUGCAGGCUCUUGAUGCGGACGUCUUCAGCAACGGCGGAUGGACACAGGACCUCUCCGGUGCAGUGGUCGAGCGUUCUAUGACGCAUAUUGAUGGCGUGUACUCUAUUCCCAACGUUCAUGUACGGGGAAGGAUAGCGAAGACAAACACUGUCUCCAACACCGCCUUCCGUGGCUUCGGAGGACCACAGGGCAUGUUCAUCUGCGAGACUUUCAUGGAGGAAAUCUCCGAUCAUCUCGGGAUUCCAGUCGAGAAGCUUCGGGAGAUCAACAUGUAUUCUCCAGAGACAAAUAUGGUAACGCAUUUCAACCAGGAACUCAAGGACUGGCACGUUCCCCUCAUGUACCGCCAGGUCCAGGAGGAGUCCGCGUACUGGCAACGUCGCAAAGAAAUCGAAGAGUUCAACAAGACCCACAAGUGGAACAAGCGCGGCCUCUCCCUCAUCCCUACCAAAUUCGGCAUCUCCUUCACGGCGCUGUUCCUCAAUCAAGCCGGCGCCCUCGUCCACAUUUACCACGAUGGCUCUGUCCUGCUCGCCCACGGCGGCACGGAAAUGGGUCAAGGCUUGCAUACGAAGAUGACCAUGAUCGCGGCCGAAGCCCUCCAAGUCCCUCAAGAGUCCGUCUACAUCUCCGAAACCGCCACUAACACCGUCGCAAACACCUCCUCGACCGCCGCCUCCGCUUCUUCCGACCUCAAUGGCUACGCCAUCUGGAACGCGUGUCAGCAACUCAACGAACGCCUCAAACCGUACCGCGAAAAGCUGGGCCCGAACGCAAGCAUGAAGGACAUUGCGCAUGCCGCAUAUUUUGACCGCGUCAACCUCUCCGCCCAAGGCUUCUACAAAACCCCCGACAUUGGCUAUGUUUGGGGCGAGAACAAGGGUCAAAUGUUCUUUUAUUUUACUCAGGGCGUCGCCGCAGCCGAAGUUGAAAUCGACACUCUGACAGGCGACUGGACGUGCCGACGUGUGGAUAUCAAAAUGGACGUUGGGCACUCCAUCAACCCUGCUAUCGACUACGGGCAGAUUGAGGGUGCGUUUAUUCAGGGCCAGGGGUUGUUUACUACCGAGGAGAGCCUUUGGCAUAGGGCUUCUGGGCAGAUCUUUACCAAGGGUCCGGGCGCGUAUAAGAUUCCAGGCUUCAGGGAUAUUCCGCAGAUCUUCAAUGUUAGCCUGCUCAAGGACGUGCAGUGGGAGAAUUUGAGGACAAUUCAGAGGAGUAGGGGUGUUGGUGAACCUCCUCUCUUCAUGGGCAGCUCCGUCUUCUUCGCUAUCCGCGACGCGCUCAAAGCUGCGCGCCGCGAGUUCAAUGAACACUCAGUUUUGCAUCUGCAGUCGCCUGCUACGCCUGAAAGGAUUAGGAUAUCGUGCGCCGACCCCAUUCUUAAGAGGGCGUGGGUGAAGCCAAGAGAGGGGGAGAAGAGUUUUUUUGUCGCUAUCUAG